UCCCAUGACCCGGAUGUUUAAACACGAUCCAUUCAGGCAUGUUUCGAAGUAAUUUCUUGCAUUUGGCAGAUAAAAUGUAGAUUUUUAAAUUACGUUGGCUGGCAGUGAGAUGUAUAUAUUGACAUAAUGCGAAAGAGCUGGGUUAAGGAAUGCCUGGUUGUUAUUCCGCUCAGUUAUACUGGAUUUUUCAUGGACUAUCUGAAGAUUAUUGUACCGUACUGAUGGUUUAUCGUCCAGUUCAAUAGUAGUUUGCUGUUUCACCACGGUAAUUCUGAGCAACAGUCAGUCAAAUGAAAUCAUCUUUUUUCAAACAAAUAUAACGGAAAGGAAGACUUUUGCAGGUUACUCUUUUUCUUCAACUGCUCAUAAUGUCUUUAGCUGGAGCGUUGUGGUUUGCUGUCCAGGAUGAUUUAUUCUCAAACGGAUUGUGUAACAACACUUCAUCGCCCAGCAUCAGCAUCAGCAACACAACACAAAACAAACAAUCCAGCAUCAGUGAGCCCAUCUCUGCCUCUGAGACACCCAGUGUCCUAGACGAACUGGAUGAUCGCUUUAUUUCUCAGUCUUUACAUCUCAAUCGACAGUGUUUGCGGUUUAUCGUCGAUUUCAUCCAGGCCCGUUUAAAGAAAGACGUGUUUGCGCCCAGACACAACCCGACCUCCGCAGAAGCCAACAUUCUAGCCACGCUUGCCUACUACACACAGGGGUCUCUGCCCGGUAAAAUCACAGACCGGUUGGCAAUAGAUCAGACAGCAGCGGUCGAGGCUGUGAAGACCAUUACUAAACUCUUAUCAGAUGUCAGUCCUGAUUUCAUCACUUUCCCAAACAGUUAUAACGACCGCAUGGGUGCCGCACAAGCCUUUAAGAACCUGAGCGGCAUCCCGCAUGUGGUGGGAGUGCUGGGGUAUUUGCACGUAAAGGUGAGCCCUCCGCAUGGGGAGGAGCUCAUGUACUUGAACACUCUGGGUUAUCACUCAGUCAUGAUGCAAGUCAUUUUCGACGUGGAUGGGAAUCUCCUGAGUCUGGAGAAGUGCUGUCCAGGAGGAACGCCUGAACACACUAUUUGGGAAAACUCGGAAAUUGGCAGACAGUUCAGCAUAUUUCAACACGGUCAUACUUGGGUUAUUGGUAGCAGAAGCCUGCACGGUUGUGGACAUGUGUUGACCCCUGUCGAGGCUUUCCGCAUCAAAAGCAACGCAGCCCUGCGAUUUAACAAAGCACACGCUCAGCUACACAGCCGUGCGCAGCAGGUCUUUGGCAGUUUGAAAAGUCGUUUCCAUUGCCUGCGUGACAUCGGCUCCAUUCAAUCACCUGAGUCGGUGGCAUUCACCAUCAAAGCUUGUUGUGUUCUGCACAACAUCUGCAAGAAGUUCUCUGUGCCGUUACCCUGGGAUUUAAGCUUAGAGCCGCUCCAUCCACCAUCAGAGGUGGUGAACAUCAUGGCAGAGCAGCCAUUUGACUACAUGGAAGACACUAAAGAUGAGAUGAUAGAAAUGUUUUUUAAUAUCACAGAUGAAGGUGAAUAAGAUUGUUUUGUGAUAGCAAAAAGUUAGAAAUAAUUAGUUUAAACCAAUGAAAUGAACAGACACAUGCAUGCCAGUGCCAGUUGAGUCUUAACAUUCUAAGUUUAUUCAGUUAUUCAAAAUUUGAUCAAAAUAAGUUAAUGCUAAUACACUAUUAUUUGUCAACAAGUGAUGUGAAUAAAAAAAUGUCUAUGGAAGACUUUAAACAGCACUCAUUCAGUAAUAAAAGUCUGUCACAAGAAAUGGUAUUGCAGUGGUACCUUGGCUCAAUUAUGCUAUCAGUUGUUAACACCAUGGUCCUUUACAUACAGCACAAUAGUGAAUGAUUAACAGUUAUAUAUACAUAAAAAAAACAUCAAAGCCAUGGUUGUUAAUUAUUAUUUAAGUUUUAUAUACAAAUUGCUUGUGGCUGGAUAUCAUGUGCCUGGUUAUGACAUGAUGUAAAUGUAUUUAAAACAUUAAAGUUCAAAUUUCAGUUUUUACUAAAGUGCAAAAAAUUACAUGUACAGCAAAUACCAAAACAGGUCACACACAAGAUUAUUUACCCAAG